AUGACUUCAGAAGACAAGCAAACUCCUGCGGGAGCAGCAACGACAACCAACCAACCUCAAGCGUCGGCCUUUUCCCUUCCGCUCCUCUACCGACUCUUCUUCCUCCUCAUCGAACCUCUCUCCGCCCUCCUCGGCGCAUUCUACGCCUACUUCGACAAGAAGACCUACCUCGAGCUCACGCAUGCUGCCUCUGCUCCUGGAACGCCAAUUCCCCUGGGGACGUCGAUCGUGCUCUCCCAGCUCGCCAACCUGUACCUCUUCUUCGCCAUCAACGAAGCCCUCGUGCUGCGGUCCACCUCGGACAUCCGCGUCUGGAAGACCGUGCUCUUCUGUCUGUUGAUUGGCGACAUCGGACAUCUCUACACGGUUCGCGAGUUGGGAUUGAACAUCUACUGGAGUCCGUCAACGUGGAAUGCGAUCGACUGGGGCAACAUACCGUUUGUCUAUCUUGGCGCGUCCAUGAGGAUCGCCUUUUUGGCCGAUGUGGGCUUAUAUAAGUCGGGGAAGAGGUUGCAGAAGAAGAAGAGGACGGCUUGA